GUUCUAAGCCUCCCCAUAGUUAUGAUUUGUUGUGUUCCUAAGUUUAGCUCCGUUAUCAGGUGUUCGUUCGGUCAAGCGGGAUGUGAUUUCCGUUUUCGGCAUCUGGUAUUCACGAUAAACCCUAACGUUUUUGGUCCAAUUUCAAAUGUGUUCACAAUCGAGACUCAGUUUUAAAGAUUCUAGAUGACCACGGCUGUCAUCGAUUUAUUUAAAAAGGAAUGCAGAUGACCAAACGGAAGCAUCUGUAUCUGAUCGUCAUCGGUUUAUUGGUGGUACUGUUGCUUCUCGUUUUCUGUACCAAUUUGUAUUUUAUCAAUUGGCUAACGGUGGACAGUAGCAAUAAUGGCCGGAUAAAAGGAGGUAUUCAAGAAAGCGAGCGAGGUGUUCCUUUACCGGUGGGACCAUCGGCGGUUAUCGGGAAGUUUAAUGUCGAUAUUCGAAAUCGGGGACUGGUUGGAGAAGAUGAGGAGGAUGAUCACCUUCCGGUUCAGUUUCCAAGUCGAUCCGAUGUGGUUCGUGCUCUGGUGGAGAUAAAAGUUGCUGCGUUGAAGCCUUCAUUUCGAAACAGGAAUCCUCGAUACUAUCCGAUGAAACGAGCUUUAAUAAGAGCGUUCGAGACCAAAACUUUUAACAUAUCAACUGUGUGGCGUAUUGCUAAUUCGUGGCCUCAAGCAAAUGAAAUUUACCCUGCCAAAGACGAACGUAUCGGAAAAGUAUUAAAAUCGCUUCAGGAAUCGGAAAUUACGCGAGCUCGAAACACUCCCAGAGGCACUCAGCUUAAGUUACUGCUAGAUUUGGCUGGAAAACAAUCGGUCUUGUUUAAACCAGCUUGGUAUAACCGUGACACUACGAUUGAAGGACCAGUUUACUCUGGGAAAGAUCGUCACAAUUCGGAAAUCGUUGCCUUUCACUUAGGUGCCAUACUAAAUUUACGCUGGACUCCAAUUGUAGCGGGUCGGAGGAUAUCUCUGACUAAACUCUACUCGGUUGCCGAUGAAGGGCUUCGAGAAACAAUGAUAA